CAGGACAGUCUGAGCGGACAGAGGAGGAGGAGGAGGAGGACUCUGUUCAACACUCAGACAGGACAUACAGCUGUUCAGAGUCACGAUGGAGUCUCACAGACUGAGCGGCUCUCUGGACGUCAGGAUACAGAGGAGCUAUGUGCAGCCACACAGUCCCAGAGGCAGCCAGGACAACUUGUUUGGAGUCAGGGUGCAGAUCCAAGGGAUAAAAGGUCAACCCUAUGUGGUUCUGAACAGUUCUGGCCAGGAGAUCCACCGGGACGUCUCAGUCAUCACUCACCAGGCGGGGUACAAUCCCGGCAUGGUGAGGAGGUCUGUGGAUGAAAGACACUCCCCCUCUGAGUCACAGAGGAUGGCAGCCUCCUCCGUGUUUAAUUAUCAGAAACACCCAGAGAUUCUGAGACCUUACGACCCUGAAAGUAAUAACAUGAGCGUAGUCCUUCCUUCAGCCGCUCGACCUGAACUAAAAACCGGCCUUCUGCCUGAGACUCCUAAUGGAAACAAACCCAGGAUCCCCCUGCCUUCUGAAGGCCACGUAGUCGACCAGAGUGAGGUGGUCCCGAAUAAGACAGUCCCUGCAAGGUCCCCAAACUCAGUGGACGCAGACCCCUUCUUAUCUGUAGGGAAGCUAAUAAGCCAGUUCAACAGCAGCCAGCGGAGGGGAAGGGGAGGCCCGAGGAACCGUCUGGACCCAGAGCAGUGUCGAAGGUCACGCAGCGUGGACAGCGGUCGAACCUCGGACUCGUCUUCAUCCUCCUCUUCCUCCAGCAGAGCUUCAUCUCUGAAGGCCGUCAGGGGCGAGACCCCAGGUGGGAUUUAUCCUCCGGGGUCAGCCAGGGCCCGACUCCUCGGCGGAGAAGCCUCUGUGCCAAAGGAGGAGAACAAAUCCAGCACACUUCCUCAAGUACAUCAUGGAAAAGAUAUGAUGUCCUUACAUGCUGCUAAAUUACUUCACAGAGCAGAGAAACCCUCCCGCUCCAGGUCAUGCAGUGACCAGACAGAUGAAUCUGAUGAAAGGGAUACACAGGUAACUCCUGAUCUUCUGAAAGGACAGCAAGAACUCUCAGUAGAUCCACCUGAAGACACAGCCAAACAAAUACUGUUCUCUUACCUCAAGGACGGGACGACUGAUGAUGACUCCACCACUCAGAAGAAAGUCACCCUGCUGCUAGAAAAGGUCAACAAGGUCAAGUGGAAGACUGCUGAAAAUGUGGAGGAGGAGGAGAAUGAUUAUUCAGCUGAUGUGAAGUUUUUGCAGGAUAAACAGGCUUCGUUGGAGAAAGAAGUGUCUGAAUUAAAGCAAAAACUGGAAACAGAGAUUAAGAAUGAAAAGACUCUGGCCAUAGCCUGUGAGAAGGCGAGGGCAGAGAAGAAGAAACUUCAGGAAGAGUUGGCCAAAAGUCAGAAGGAGCUUUACACACUCAGCGUCAGACUGGCUGAGAUCGAGGACCAACUUCAGUCAACCAAACAGGAGCUGACUCAGAUGAAGGCAGAGAGAGACAGAUCUAAGACGGAGAUGAAAGACCUUCAGCAGCAGCUCUCCGAGAUGCACGAUGAGCUGGACCAAGCCAAGAAGGCCGAGGUGAUAAAUACAGCGAAACAAGUCCUCCUGGAGGAGAUGGCACAGCUGCGUGAAGACUUUCAGGAGAUGCUGCAGGUGAAGGAGGAGCAGGAGGAGGUGCUGCACCACAGGGAGAGGGAGCUCGGCGCCCUGAAGGGGGCGCUCAAAGAGGAGGUGGAGACUCAUGAUACAUACAUGGCCGCUCUGAAAGAGGAAUAUGAAAAUGAGCUUGAAAAGCUGCUCCGGGAUUUAGAACUGGCCAAAGAGGGCAGCACUCUGCUGGGUCAAGAGAAGGUGGAGGUAGAGAAGGAGAGAAUUGCAGCUAAGGUGCAGUUGAAAGAGCUGAGCCAGGACAGAGAUCAGCUGAGAGGGAAGGUGCAGGAGAUGAGCAACAAGGUGGAUCAGCUGAGUCAGACCAUCCAGGAGUGUAAGACCACAGAGAGGCUGCUGGAGCAGAGAGCAAAGCAGCUGGAGAGAGAAAAGCUGCAGGUUGAGGAUGUGCUGAAAGACGUGAGGAGGAAUGAGGAGGAGAUGUGUCAGUCGAACCAGUCGCUGCUCACCCGCUUGGAGGACGUGCAGAGUAAGUUGACCAAGCUGAAUCAUGAGCACAGGGACCUGAAGGAGAAGCUUAAAGAGGAGAGGAAACAAAUAGAGGAGCUAUGGAACAUAAAAACUGAGCUGGAGGAUGAGAGGAGGCUGCAGGACAGGACUGUGGAGCAACUGCAGAGGAAGAUGAACAGCAUCAUGGAGGAGUGUGAAGCGUCUACAGAUGUACUUCAGAGCCAGGUCGACGAGGCCAGAGAGAAGAGUCAGAGGGAGUUGGACGAGCUGCGGAGACAGCUGCAGGAAAAGGGAGUAGAGCUGGAGAAAUCCCGUCAGGCAGCCAAAAAACUUCAGGAAGAGCUGCUUCCUCUGGAGGAGGAUCUGCGGCGCUGUCGCAGGGAGCAGCAGGAGGCCCAGCUGAGGGGCCGGCAGCUGGAGCAGAGGGCGGAGGAGCUGGAGGAGAGGAACGCAGCCACGGUGGGAGAGCGAGAGCGCCAGGUCAAACUCAUGGAGGGACGCGUCAGCCAACUAGAAGAAGAUCUUAAUGAUGAGCGCAGCAGUGCUGACCGCCUGAUGGAACGCUUUGACAAAACCAAAGAGCAGAUGGAUCAGAUGAGGAGUGAGCUGAUGCAGGAGAGAGCAGUUAGACAGGACCUGGAGUGUGACAAGAUGAGCCUGGAGAGACAGAAUAAAGACCUGAGGAGCAGAGUGACUCACCUGGAAGGAUCUCAGAGGACCAAUCAGGAUUCGCUCGUCUCCAAACUUAACAGCCGCAUCCAGGAGCUUGAGGAAAGGUUGCAAGGAGAGGAGAGAGACAACAACAGCUUGCAACAAGCAAACCGCAAGCUGGAGCGUAAGGUGAAGGAGAUGAAGAUGCAGACGGACGAGGAACACAUCAACCUGCAGACCCAGAGGGACCAGCUGACUCAGAGACUGAAGACGGCGAAGAGGCAGAUGGAUGAAGCGGAGGAGGAGAUCGAGCGUCUGGAACACUCUAAGAAGAAGCUGCAGAGAGAACUGGAUGAUCAGAUUGAGGCCAACGAGCAGCUUCAUGGCCAACUGAGCUCCCUGCGGAACGAGAUGAGGCGUAAGAGGAAAUCACCUCCUCUCAUUAAGGUCGUGGAGGACGAUGGGAACGACUUGGAUGAGUUUGGAUCUGAUUGACAGACAAACAAACUGCUGCCCAACAACAAUUUCUGGACUUUGAAGAAAGAAAUGUUGGACUCACUGUGAAACAGCCUUAUAUAUCAUAAUUCCAUUAACAAACUCAGGUGUGAUUUCAUGAUGUUUCCAGUUGUGAACAGUGCAGCACCUCUCCAAGGCUGACCUCUUGUGGCAACAUGUUUAAUUACAACACCUGACGAACUCAUGUUUUUUUACAAUGCAACAGACUGACUUAUUUACCCUUACUCAACUUGAUUCAUUUGUUCUCUAAGUUAUUCCUUUCUGGUGUGAGUUAAUAUGAUGCAAACUGCAAAUCUUAAACUAAAAAAAUAAAUGUGUGAAAGAUA